CAAUAAUAAAGGCCACCACUCCAUAAGGGAUACAAAAUUCAAACUUCACAAGAGCGGGAAACAAUAUUGACCCCCCAAAUAACCCCUGAAAGCCCACAAGAAUUACAACAACCCAAAACCCUGCCCCCCAACCUUUUCUCUCUCCCCCUAUGGCUCUGUAUAUAUAUAAGUAACACUCAGAAUGUCCAUUUUCAAAAGACAGUCACAGAGAUUUGCUUAAUAUUCCCUUCCUUUCUCUUCUCUCUCUGCUUCAAAAAUGGCGGACAGAAAGGGCAGCCGGAAGACACCAAUGAGCCUCAACGAUCGCCAUUACCGUCUUCUCCAAGACCUCUCCGCUCCUCCUAAACCCUCCUCCAAGCACUCUUUCGACGAUGAUGGUAUUCCCCAAUUCUCAGGGAUCACCGAUUUCGAUUCUCCUCCGCUCGAAGUAGGAGAAGCGAAGCCAUCGAUAGUCAAUGAAGACGAUGAUAAUAUUCCCGAUGAUUCUGAUUCUCAGCUCGAGAAAGAGGAGCCAACGAAGGUUAAGAUCAAAGGUAGGCGGCGUUUAUGUAAAGUUUCAACUCGAGAUAAUGAUAGUGCUGAUAAAAGAGCGGUGCUUGAUGAGCCUAGUUUUGCUGAUUUUGAUUCGCCAAUGCCCAAAAAUGUUGUUCAGGGUGGUGGUGAGAAUGGGGGUGGGAAUGAGAUUAGGGAUAUUCUCAAUGAAUUAAGUGCUAAGUUUGAUUUUAUGUCCAUUGAGAAGAAGCAGGCUCCGAAGAGGGUUGGCCCGGGUGAGGAGGAGAAAGUUGGUUUGCCUGAGUAUGCGAGUGCUGGGUCUUCGUUUUCAUCUGCAUCUGACACGUUUGAUUCCUCAUUGGACGUGAUCGAGAGGGAUGGAGAUAGGGUUGAAAAUGUUGUAGAAAAGCAUGAAGUGAGAAGUGAUUUGGGGAAGGUAUAUGAAGGAAUUAGGGUACAUGGAGUGAAGAACGAUAGUCAAAGGCUAAAUAGAAAUGAACCCGAAAGGGUGGGCGAGAGAUUAAUGUCUAAGGGACAACCUUUUGUGUCUGAAGUUGAGGAAGAGGAGGUAAAUGAUUUGCAUAUUGAUUCGAAGGGUGACAAUUUUGUAGGUAGGGUACAUGGGACAACGAAAUGUAGUGUAGGGAUUGAACCUCAACCUCAGAGGGUGGAUAAGAAGUUAGUUCCUGUGGAACAAUUUCGAGUGUCUAAAGUUGAAGAGGGAGAAGAUGAUGAUGAUUGUGUUGUUUUGAGUGGCAAGGGAAUUGCUAAGGAGGUGAAGAGGCAAGGGAGUAAAUCCAAAGACAAGUAUGAUGAUUUGGAUGGUGUUGAUGUGUUGGAUGAUUAUGCAGAUGAUUCUGUUGUGGAGAAUGAUGGUUCUAUAACUUUGAAUGGCCCAAAAUCUAGUUACAAGUUGCCUGGUAAGAUUGCCAAAAUGUUGUACCCACAUCAGUCUGAUGGGUUAAGGUGGCUCUGGGCUUUGCAUUGUCAGGGUAAGGGUGGAAUCUUGGGGGAUGACAUGGGUUUGGGGAAGACAAUGCAGAUUUGUGGCUUCUUAGCUGGAUUAUUUCAUUCGCAUUUGAUUAAGAGGGCAAUAAUUGUGGCCCCAAAAACGCUACUCCCCCAUUGGAUCAAAGAAUUAUCAGUUGUGGGGCUCUCUAAUAAGAUAAGAGAAUACUAUGGGACUUGUCCAAAAGCUCGACAGUACGAGCUCCAGUAUGUACUUCAGGACAAAGGUGUUCUACUCACAACUUAUGAUAUUGUACGGAACAACUCAAAAUCUUUACGGGGGGACUAUGACUUUGAGGACGAGGACAGUGAAGAUAGCGUCACAUGGGAUUAUAUGAUACUUGAUGAGGGGCAUCUUAUAAAGAAUCCAAGUACACAGAGAGCCAAAAGUCUGCUUGAGAUACCAAGUGCUCAUCGUAUUAUCAUCAGUGGCACACCAUUACAAAACAAUCUGAAGGAGUUGUGGGCCUUGUUCAACUUCUGUUGUCCUGAGCUGCUGGGUGACAAGAAAUGGUUUAAGGAAAGAUUCGAGUAUGCCAUUCUUCGUGGAAAUGAAAAAAAGGCUACUGAUAGGGAAAAGCGUAUUGGUUCAGCAGUUGCAAAGGAGCUAAGAGAACGUAUUCAACCUUACUUUUUGCGUCGCUUAAAGAGUGAGGUAUUUAAUGAAGAAAAUUCCAAAACAACUGCAAAACUUUCUAAGAAGAAUGAGGUCAUUGUGUGGCUAAGAUUAACCAGUUGCCAGCGACAACUUUAUGAAGCUUUUCUGAAAAGUGAGUUGGUUCUGUCAGCUUUUGAUGGUUCACCACUGGCUGCAUUAACGAUUUUAAAGAAAAUAUGUGAUCAUCCACUUCUCUUGACAAAGAGAGCUGCUGAAGAUGUAUUGGAAGGAAUGGAGUCAAUGCUAAAACCGGAAGAUGUUCAUAUGGCUGAAAAAUUAGCAAUGCACAUAGCUGAUGUCGCUGAGACAGAUGACUUGGAAGAGAAGCAUGACAUUAUUUCGUGCAAAAUAUAUUUCAUAUUAUCUUUGUUGGAUAACUUGAUACAAGAGGGCCAUCGUGUUCUUAUCUUUUCUCAAACCCGUAAGAUGCUUGAUCUUAUUCAGAAUUCAAUAAUAUCCAAAGGAUAUGAAUUCUUGCGCAUUGAUGGUACCACAAAAGCUAGUGACAGACUUAAGAUUGUUAAUGAUUUCCAAGAAGGUGUUGGAGCCCCCAUAUUUCUCUUGACAUCUCAAGUUGGUGGUUUAGGCCUUACGCUAACUAAAGCAGAUCGUGUGAUUGUAGUUGAUCCUGCUUGGAAUCCCAGUACAGAUAACCAAAGUGUCGAUCGUGCUUAUCGAAUUGGGCAAACAAAGGAUGUCAUUGUAUAUAGAUUAAUGACAUGCGGAACUGUUGAAGAAAAGAUAUAUAGAAAGCAGAUAUAUAAAGGAGGAUUGUUUAAAACUGCAACUGAGCACAAAGAGCAAAUUCGGUACUUCAGCCAGCAGGAUCUUCGGGAGCUUUUUAGUCUCCCAGCACAGGGGUUUGAUGUCUCUGUUACCCAGCAGCAGUUACAUGAAGAGCAUGAUUGCCAGCAUAUAAUGGAUGACUAUUUGAAAGCUCACAUAGAGUUCUUGCACACUCAAGGUAUAGCAGGAGUUAGUCACCACAGUUUACUCUUCUCCAAGACAGCACCUGUCCAAGUUGUACAAGAAGAAGAUGAAGAGAUUAGCAAAAAAGCAACUACAUUUGUUGGAUGUUCAUCAUCAAGUUCUUCACUUGAACGUACUGUUGACGGGGCUGCAUAUGCUUUCAAACCAAAGGAUGUAAACAUGAACAAGAAAAGUUCUUCCCCUGACAGUGGGGGUAAAUUGACAGAAUCUGACAUUAAAGAGAAAAUCAAGCAUCUAUCUCAAAUGCUUGCAAAUAAGGUUAUGGUUUCCAGGUUACCUGAUAAGGGAGAAAAAUUACAAAAGCAGAUUGUUCAACUGAAUUCUGAGCUCAAUAAAAUGAGGAAAGAAGAAAGAACUGAAAACCAAGUUAUUGAUUUGGAUGAUUUGAGUGGGGAGAUUCAAAGGGUUUUGAAUGUAUAGAUUUUUUAUGCCGAUUAAACAAACGUAAUCUUUCGAAAAAGAAAUAGUAUGUUUAUUAGUAGGGUUGAUUGAUCAUAUGUUUGUAUGAUUUGGAGUAUACUGCCUCUAUUUUGUGUACUUAUCCACACAAAAAAGCCUCUGUUUUGUGUCAGAAAUUCUUGCGCAAUGUAAGUGUCACCAUGCAUUGAUAUUAUGUGACAGGAUUUACGUCCUUUGGAGUAUUUAUUUAGAUUAGAUCUGUAAUUUUUUGUCUGGCUGCUAUGUAUUGGCCUGUGCUUGUUGCUACCUUGUGAUAAAUGAGAAUUAUGUUUCAUUGAGAGUGCCAA